AUGGGUUGUUGUAUAACUAAAUAAACUAAACAUAAAAAGUAUGCUAAUGCAGGUUGUGAUGAAAAUCCAAUUUAAUAACCUGAAGAAUCAAAUUAUUUUGAGGUUUGUCAAGAAGUUGUUAUUCCUAAAGAAUAAAAAAUUGAGAAAUAAGAAUAAGAAAAAUAGAUCUCUUGGACAGAAGGGGAAAUGAUUGGAUAAGGAGCAUUUGGUAGAGUUGUUUUAGGAAUGAAUAGAGUUAGUGGAUAAAUUAUGGCUGUCAAAUAAGUGUUUAUUAAGAAUGGUGAUGAGAAUGUAAAUUCAAAUGAUUAUAUUAGAAAGUAUAAUCUAUCUAAAGAGAAAUUGAAAUUUUGAGUAAAUUACAACAUCCUCAUAUUGUACGUUAUUAUGGUUCAGAAACAAAAAAUGACUAAUUAAAUAUUUUCUUAGAAUAUGUUAGUGGUGGUUCUGUACUAACAAUGAUUAAAAGAUUCGGCAAAUUUAAGGAGUCUUUGAUAAAAGUUUAUUUGAAAUAGAUUCUAUUAGGAUUAAAUUAUCUACACACUAAAGGAGUGAUUCAUAGAGAUAUUAAAGGAGCCAACAUAUUAAUUAAUUAAAAUGGAUAAGUGAAAUUAGCAGGUAUUUAUAUUGUAUAAUUAUUAUUAUAAAGAUUUUGGAAGUGGUAAAUAAUUAUCUGAAAUUAAACAUGAUAUUAUUGGUUCUUUAUGUGGUACUCCAAAUUAUAUGGCACCAGAAGUUAUUAAUUAAUAACAUUAUGGAAAGUAUACUUAAUUUAUUAUAUUUUAAAAUAGAAAAGCUGAUAUUUGGAGUCUUGGUUGCACAAUGAUUGAAAUGGCUACUGGAAAUCCUCCAUUUUAUGAAUUUAAGAAUAUUUAUACAGUCAUGGUUAAAAUAAGUAAAUUAACUGAAACCAUUCCUAUUCCAGAAGAAUUAAAAUCUGAAUAAGCUAGAGACUUUCUAAAAAGAUGUCUCUAAUUGAAUCCAGAAGAGAGAUGGGAAGCAGAAGAUUUACUUUAACAUCCAUUUUUAGUUUCUAAAGAAUAAAGAUAUAGUGGUAUUAAUUCUGCUUAAGAGAAAAAGAAUGUUUAUAUUAAUGAUGAUUUAUUAUUUUAAUUACAUUCAGAACUAAUACCUAAUAAAAAUAAAAAACUAUAGUUUUCAUUUUAGUUAGAUGAUGAAUCAUAAUCACAAAAUGAUAAUUAAAAUUAAGAUUAAGAUAUACCUUAAUAUUAAGAAUAAUAAGGAUAAGGUUCAUAAAGAGAAGAACCUAUUACAAAUAUUAUUAAAAUAACAAAUAAUAAUAAUUUGUAAUCAGAAUCUGAUUAAGAACCUUAUAAAGUUAUUAUUGAAUAGAAUUUUGAUGAUAAAAUUGACUUAUAAUAAUUUGAUUCUAAUUAAUCAUGUUAAAAAAACUAAAAACUUAUUAUAAAUAGACAAUGCUCAUUAAAUUAAGCAUUAGAUUAGGUUUUAAAUAAUGCCUAUGAAUCAUAAUAAUCGAAAUCACUUAAUCCUCUAAAAAACUGA